AUGGCUGCAACGGACUUAUCAUCUGUGACGGACCUCUCCACCUCCUAUGACUAUGUUAUCGUCGGCGGAGGAACGGCAGGGCUAGUUGUUGCCAGCCGUCUGACCGAGGAUCCAACUGUGCGGGUUCUCGUGCUGGAGGCCGGCAGCAACCGCGUCGAGGACCCCAGGAUUGCCGCCCCCGGCCUCGCUGUUAGCACGUAUGGCAACCCGGACUUCGACUGGUGUAUCACCAGUCCCCCACAAGAAGCCCUGAAUGGCCGCUGCAUUGCGGAACCUCGUGGUCGCACCCUAGGCGGCUCCUCGGCCAUCAACAUGGGUAUGAUCAUCUACCCCAGCCGUAGCGACAUCGACGCAUGGGAGAAGCUCGGCAGCGCGGGAUGGAACUGGGCAUCGCUGUCGCAGUAUCUGCGGAAAUCCCAGACUUUCACCCCGCCGUCCGAUGCCAUCCGGGACGAGUUGUCCCUGGGGUACAUCGACCCGGCUGUCCAAGGCGAGAGUGGGCCGCUCCAGGUCUCGUUUGGCGACGGCCCUUUCCCGGCGUUCAACGCCGCCUGGCCCAAGGUGUUUGAGUCUCUCAACCACCCACUGACAGGGGACCCCAUGUCUGGCGAAGCGACGGGCGCUUUCUGUCACCCGGGGAGCAUCCACGGGACGCAGCGAACACGUAGCCAUACCGGUGUGACCUACUAUAAUCCCGAGGUGGCCAAGCGUCCGAACCUUCGCGUCGUGACAGAAGCAAUGGUCGAGAAGGUUCUCUUGGAGAAGGGAGGUGACGGGGAAUUCCAGGCCACUGGUAUCCGAUUCGUCGGGCGCGACGGAGAGCAGCGCACAGUGUCGGCGAACACCGAGGUGAUCCUGGCCGCCGGUGCCAUCAAAACGCCGCAUUUGCUCGAGCUGUCUGGAAUCGGAGAUGCCGACCGUCUCCAGGCGCACAACAUCGAGCCUCUCGUAAACAACCCUAACGUGGGAGAAAACCUCCAGGAGCACGGCUUCGUGCCGUUCAGCUGGGAGGUGGCCGAUGGUCAGGUGACCGCCGAAGCCCUACGCAACCCCGAGGUCGCCAAACUCGCCAUGGACGCCUGGACGACGUCGGGCGCAGGCCCCUUGGGACUGUGUACCUUAGCGUCAGCGUUCAUGUCCCUUCCCGAGGAAACAAAGGCCGACGUGCAGCCUCUCAUCCAGAAACACCUGGCGAGUGUGCAUCCGCGCCACGAGGCGCAGUACCAGAUCCUCCAAAGCAUGCUCGAAGAUCAGAACGAAGCGUCGGCGCAGUACACCAUCGCGCCAUUCCAGGUCACGCCGGAGAAGGGACCAAGCCUCCAGGGCGUUUUCGGCAUGUCAGAGCCCGAGAACUACAUGAGUAUGGUAGCCGUUUUGAACCGCCCCUUCUCGCGCGGCUUCGUCCACCUGAACUCCCCCGACCCAGCGGCCCUGCCGACGUUCGAUCCCAAGAUGCUGUCGCACCCACUAGAUCUCGAGCUACAGGCGAGACACGUCCAGUGGCUCGAGACGCUUGCAGCGACGGAGCCCAUGGCGUCGCUGCUGAAGCCCAACGGGAGACGGCUCCACCAUCACGAGCGGCCAUCCGGUGUGGACGCGGCGCGCGAGCUGACGCGCGAUCGAAUCCUCGCGCAUUACCACGUGGUUGGUACGGCGGCCAUGAUGCCGAAGGAAAUUGGAGGUGUCGUGGACUCUCGACUGAAGGUGUAUGGGUGCUCGAAAUUGCGCGUCGUCGACGCCAGUAUCAUUCCGCUUAUCCCGCGCGGAAACAUCCAGACUACUGUUUACGCUGUUGCGGAGAAGGCGGCGGAUUUGAUCCGGGAGGAUAACAGAGUCUAG